CAAAGGUACUGCUUUAUACCUCAAACAAUUGUAGAAAAUGCUGUUAAGCAAUGCAAUGUAUGUAUUACACGACAUGCAACAAAACAAAUGCCUGCUAUGAAGCCUAUUAUUGCUGAAAAAUUUCUUGCUUAUGUUCAA